CAUCAGGCGAGGGGGUGACGUCAUCAUGGUUCCAGGUUCAGUGUAAGUUGAGUCUGAGGUGCCGUUCUCCUGCGGCGAUGUCACAACAGCAGCAUAACAAACUUCAUCACCUUCCUGAUUCUGGUCUUUGUUUUCAUUCACAGAUCAAGACGAGUCAACCACACAGGACUGACUGCUCCCUGACUUCCUUUGUGAGCAAGUGUGUGCGUGUGUGUGCAUGUGUGCGCACAAGUGUGUGAGGUCAUGUCGGGCAUGACGAGCGGCGUGUGUGUGGAGAGCGACCUCUCCUCAAUGCUCCAGAGAAGCUCCGCCCCCUCCCACCAUCACCCGAAUCACCAUGUUUACGGCGGCCAGGGGCAGGUGUCAAGUUUGGCUCCGAUGCUGGAUUACACCACGGAGAUGGACCGCUACCGUUCAUCCAUCGCCAACUUCUACAAAACCAACGUCAACAUGAACAUGAACGUCUCAAACUUCCCUCAGUCUGCCAAGCUGGCGGCCCGUUUGGCGGCGGCGGCCCCCAUCUUCCCUCCUGCCGCCGCUGCCAGGCUGGGCACCAUGGCGACAGCGCCUUGGGGCUGCCACGACAACAUGAACAUGAACCACCCAGCUGCCAUGUUCUGGAGCCGGCCCAAACCUGUGGCAACUGCGCCAACGCAUCACCACCACCAUCACCACCCUUCUGCGACGCAGGGUCACAUGACCUCCCCACACUCCCACAGUACCAGCAUGCACCACGGCGGCGGGGGUUCAGGAGGGGGAUCAGGGGGAGGUGGAGGGAGUAGUGAGGGGGGAGGAGCUGAAAAACAUGGACACACUGCCUCCUCACUUCCUGUCACACAGGGAACAGCACACCAUCACUCCAUGGCGCCAAACAACGCAAACUUUCUCCCUGGUUACAGCGGCGGUGCGGAGUGCGGCAUCAUGAACAAGCAGGGACAUGCCCACCCAGACAUGAUGAGCCUAUCAGAGGGUGGGAGCUGCAAUGGAGGAGGAGUGAUGGGUAGUAGCUUCUUGGGGGGGCUGGGAUUACCUCCUGGGGUCAUUGUCAUGGCGAUGGGGUCGGCAGGGGGCGGGAUCUCAGAUGCUGGCAGCGCCUUCCAGAUGACAGGUGGCCAGCGGGCGUUAACGGACUGCCAGCAGCACACCAACUCCUCCCCCUGCCCCUCCUCCUCCUCACCGUCAUCGUCAGUGGUGACAGCAGGGGGCGUGGCCCUAUCUUCAUCGUCUUCUUCUUCAUCGGGGGCGGUGGCCAAGAGGAAGAGGAAGCGGUGCGGCGUGUGCGGGCCGUGCAGGCGGCUUAUCAACUGCGGUGUCUGCUCGUCCUGCCGCAACAGGAAGACGGGUCAUCAGAUCUGCAAGUUCAGGAAGUGUGAAGAGCUGAAGAAGAAACCAGGGGGAGGUGGGGGGGCACUUGAG